GUUAUUGUGUCCUCAGCAGUCUUGUAUUGAUGCGCUGGUGAACAACAGCUUUGUGAAAUUGUUUUCUGGGAAUUUACGUCCAGAAGAAGACCAGCACGGUUUGAGGUUGCACGUCAGAACACUUUCCAUCUCAGCCUUUCCUUCAAAGGUUGUGCGAGGGGAAAUGGGCCCUUCUUGACAUCUGUGAGAACACAAUGUCUGGGCAAUUUGAGUGUGAUUACUGGCCUGUUCAGGACAAAUCAAAGCGAUUACUGACUAAUGGAUUAUGGUCUGAGGCAGAAAGACAGAUGCAUCUUGUUACUUAACAGGCUUAUAAGUGUUUUUUUCUUCCUUCCGCAAAAGACCGCCCGCGUGGUCAAAACUGUGACGCAGAUGAAGAAGCUGCAGGCUAGAAAAGACAAGGAGGCUGUUCUGCACUCCGGCCCGGCUGCUGAUUCUGACGAAGCGGCUGAAGCCAAACAGAAAUUUCUGCUUGAUCAGCGCCAUCUAGAGACGUACCACAGGAUUCACCGCCUGAGGGACAGACUGUCUCACCACUACGCUGAGUUACUGAGAGAGAAGGUCCAAAGACAACGACUGGAGAUUAAACUACAUGAUUCAGCCACUUUGGAAAACAGAGCAAAGCGCAUUGAACAGAGAGCUCGAAAGCUGACCAUCCAGAAGUUCGCUGGUUCAAGCCUUGAGCAUGACGACACAUACCUGAGGGCUCUACCUAAAACACGCUAUUACCUGAUCCUGGAGCUUCAGAGGCUUCUGAGCCAGCGAGGAUGUCUGAGGGGUCCCAAGGAGCAGGAGGUGUUCAGGUCCUGGGUGGACCAGCAUAAAACAGCACAGCUGGAUAGACAACUGCAGCAAAUGGCGCUUUGCAGCAAGUCUGCUCCAGGGAUGGAAUUGGAGGACUUACUGAAGGAGAAGCAAGAAGUUCUGCCAAAGAUACAGAUCUCAACUGAUGAAAACCAACAGGAGGAACAGGAGCAUCAGCCUGCAGUCUCAGAGAGCGGAGGAGGAGCGCAGGCCGACUCUCCUCGUCUCCACGGCAAACAGAGUCAGGAACAGGACCACACUGAGCUAAAGUUUCCCAGCGUCUUCUUACAGGAGAUCCAGGUGCCCAGGUUUUCCACUCUGCAGCCCAGCUUUUCGGAAACUUUCAAAACCAACGUUCUUCUUUUGAAAGUGAAGGAGCCGCUUCACAAAUCGACGACUGCAGCCUUGACUCAGCACAAGCUUCGCCUGAUGCACAGCCUCUCGCUCUCGCACAUGGCUCACACACGCAGACUGCUGGACAAACAAGGACUCGCCCUGCAGUACGACGAAGGAUACAGCAUCAACAACCUGCUGGAGCACGUGUGUCUGAACAAAAUCUCGACUAAAGAACCAAGAUUUUCUACAGAGCCUGCUCUCCCACCACUGUCUCCGAAAGAUUGCUGUAAAACUGAGUAUCCAGAACAAUUUAAGGAGAAACUAAGCACCUCAUCUGACCAGGUGACCAGUUCCCCACAGUCUGAGGACUCUAAGCUUAGCUGCAGUGGAGCCUCUGACCCAGAGGUGCCCCUGUCCAUGGAGGACAUUUGCCCUCUGAGUAUUUCACAGGGUGAAGACUUUGAUAACAAGAUGUGGACCAAUUACGUGUUAUGAAGUAUCGUAUAUGGGUUCAGCACUUCAACACUGAGCACUGUUGUAGUCACUCCCAGUUCACUGAAUGAUGGAUUGUCAUUCAUUUUGCGCCAGUUUGUAUCAGUUUUGUCAGAGAAUUAUAUUUUCUAUUUUCAGUGGGGGGACAAAAGUCUGCAGUUACAGCCUUUCUUCUCAUUUAGAUAUUUAUUCAGACUUUAAACCUGACAUACAGUGUCACUCUUUUCAGAGGCAUCUUACUAGUUUUAAUUAGUUUAAAGAUUUCACAAACAACUGUGUGUUUAUUUAUAAUGUUUCAAAUCAAUUCAGAAGUUUAGAAUCAAUGUUUUCAGCCACAACAAAAAAAAGAGAGGUCAGAGAAUGGUCAGUCUGGCUGAAGAGAAAUGUACACUCUCAGAAAUAAAGGUAUGAAACUCUCACUGGGGCAGGACCCCCCCUUGUCACUGGGGGUGGUUCCCUCAAGGGUUCAUCUCAGUACCUUUAGUCAGGGAACAUAACUGUACCAUAAUCUAUUGAAAUUAUAUGUGCUAAACUGUACUUAUU